AAAAGAGACCGGCGUCGGUAGUCGACUCACUCACUCAUUUCGCAUUACGCGCCGUAUCUCGGUCGGUUGAUGGUGAGAGUAUCUAGUACUGUGAAGGGAGAUAGCGGCAACCUAGGCCGCGCCCGUGGAGCGAGGGACGAACAAAACCAUCGCUUUCAAUUGGCUUCGUCCUUCUCCUUCUUUCCCUCUUUCUUUCCCUUUCACAAAAUGGCGACUCUUACUGUAUCUUCCCGGAAACGCUUCUCAUCCUUCUCUGCGUCUGCUUUGGUCUUGCAGAAGUCGCAACCACAUCAUCCACCGUGAUCGGCCACCGUGAUUCAUUUCCACAACCUUCACCAAAAAGUAAUAUUGAAGAAAAGCCUGCACUGCAACCACCGCCAUCGUCAAUUGACUGCAAAUCAUGGCGACUAUCGUCCUCGGCUCGCAAUGGGGUGAUGAAGGCAAGGGUAAAAUUGUCGAUGUCAUCGCCAGCAGCGGCAUUCAAUUGUGCUGUCGCGCACAGGGUGGACACAACGCCGGUCACACGAUCGUCAAAAAUGGAACGACAUUUGACGUGCACAUCUUGCCAUCCGGCGUCCUGACAGACGGCUGCGUCAACCUCAUCGGUUCCGGCUGUGUCGUCUACGUCCCAGGUCUGUUCAAAGAGAUCGAUACCCUCGAGAAGGGCGGCAUCAACACCAAAGACCGCAUCCUCGUCAGCGACCGGUGUCACGUCGACCUCGACCUGCACACCAAGGUCGAUGGACUAGAAGAGGUCGAGCUGGGCAAGCGCAACAUUGGUACCACAGGCAAGGGUAUCGGUCCAACAUACUCCACCAAGGCCGCCCGGAGCGGUAUCCGGGUCUCCGAUGUCUUCCACAAGGAAGUCUUCGACGAGAAACUCCGUCAGUUGGCCGCAGGAUUCCAAAAGCGAUAUGGCAGCCUCCUCCAAUACGACCCGGAAGACGAAAUCGCCCGCUUCGACCAGUACCGUGAACGACUCCGCGAAUACGCCACCGACCAGAGCCCGCUCAUCGAAUCCGCCGUCCGCGGCGACGUCAAGAUGCUCAUCGAAGGCGCCAACGCGCUGAUGCUGGACAUCGACAACGGCACCUACCCCUACGUGACCUCGUCCAACACCGGCCUCGGAGGCAUCUUCACCGGCCUGAACAUCCACCCGCGCAAGAUCCGCGAAAUCAUCGGCGUCGUCAAGGCCUACACCACCCGCGUCGGCAGCGGCCCUUUCCCCACCGAACAGCUCAACCCCUCGGGCGAGAAGCUGCAGACCGUCGGCCGCGAAUUCGGCGUCACCACCGGCCGCAAACGCCGCUGCGGCUGGCUCGACCUCGUCGUGGUCAAAUUCUCCACCGCCAUCAACUGGUACGACGCGCUGAACCUCACGAAGCUGGACAUCCUCGACGACUUCGACGAGAUCCUCGUCGGCACGGCCUACCGCGUCGACGGGCAAGUCCUGCCCGCCUUCCCGGCCGAUCUCAGCGUCCUCGAGAAGGUCGAGGUCGUGUACGAGACCCUGCCCGGAUGGAAGAGCCCCACCGUCGGCCUCCGACGCUGGGAUGACCUGCCCGAGAACGCGAAGAAGUACAUCCUCUUCAUCGAGAAAUCCGUCGGCGUCCCGAUCAAGUAUGUCGGCACGGGCCCGGGACAGGAGAACAUGAUCAUCCGGGAUUAGAGCACGGGGUUCUGUCGGGAGCGGGGACAACCCUGAUGGAUUUGGGAUCAAAUAGAAAAGAAAUAGGAAGACCACGGGAAUAUUUCUCCGCAGACGCCUCGUCUUUUUUCUCUUUCUCUUCCGAUCGCUGAACCAUUUCGUAUCGCCGUUACUUUCUUGUUCUUCUCCUUCAUCAUCGUCACGUGUCGUUCUGUAGCAAAAGGGG